AAAAAUCUCGCAGAUUUAUUUAUCAUGGUGUGAAUGUCCUCCCGYUUAGCAAGUUGAAAACCUUCAAAUUUCCUGAUUGUUUAAAUGGGAUAUGCGCUUUAAAAACUAAAAAUUUUCAUUGUUUAAGAGGCGAAAAUGGAAAAGAAUUUGCUUCAGCUAGGCGCCAUUUUGAUUUUUGCUAUUCUUUUGACGACAUCGUGGGCUCAAGAUUUCGAAAAGGCCUGCGUACCUGGCAAGACUUACUAUAAUACAACCCUCAGCAAAGGAGUAGGUGCAGGCACAUACAUACGAAUAGGAAAUGUAAAAAGCCUUCAAGAUUGCAUCGAAAAAGUCUGCUCACUGAAGAAAGGAGACAUAGUGUACAUGCUGGAGUCAUUCUGCUAUGCCGUGGAUUGCUUCAAUGAGUUAUCUUGCGAUAGAUCAGCGUUGCCAUUUUCUCGAGAUUUGAGGUCAAUUCUGGUUGAAAUGAAUUGGAAAGUUGUUGCGGUGAUCCCAACCGAAAAACCAAUACCAACCAUUGAUACGUCUAUGGUAGUAAAACCAAAUCAGCCUGAAGGACCACAAAAAGGCCCCGAUGGGAAAGUCGCUCAAUCGGCUGAGCAUCGCUUGCUACAAGAUAUCAUUUACUCCUCGUCAUACGACCGCGAGGUCCGACCGGUCCUUCUCCAAAAGGACCAGCUGAAGAUUUUCUUCCAGCUGAAGCUGGUACAGCUCGUUGAAGUGUCUUCCAGAGAGGAAACAGUUCGACUCAACGUCUGGACAACUCAGCAAUGGACUGAUCCGUUCUUAAGAUGGAAGCCAGAAGAGUAUGACGGGAUAGACACAAUCAACGUUGAACCGCACAUGAUAUGGCUUCCGAUCGUCAUCUUGUUCAACAACGCUGGAAGUGGUUUUUCAGGAGGUUUAGAGAAGUACAAAACCAARGUCGUGAUCAACAAGGACGGCACAGUCAAGUGGUUUUCUGCAACACAGUUUUUAUCGGCGUGUAAAAUCAACAUUCGUUACUUUCCAUUUGAUGAGCAAUACUGCUAUAUGACAUUCGGGUCGUGGACCUACAGCACGAAGCAAUUGGACAUGUUGACAAACCAAAUACAGGCAGACAUGUCAUCGUACAUCGUGAACGGUGAAUGGGACGUGAUUGAGGUGCCGGUCAAGGAGAACAAAGUACAAUACCCGUGCUGUGAGGACACCUUCUCUGACAUCACCUACACGAUCCACCUGAGACGAAAAGUCGCGUACUACGUGUUUAACUUGAUCAUUCCAUCGAUGAUGAUUGUAGUGUUUGCCCUGGUUGGGUUCUGUUUGCCUCCAGAGUCAGGCGAGAGGAUUGCCCUUAACAUAACCGUCCUCUUAUCCAUUACUGUGUUCCUCAACAUCGURUCCAAUACCCUUCCAGCAACCUCCGACAGCAUUCCGUUGCUAGGAUAYUUCUAUCUGAUGAUCAUGAUCGAGCUGUGUUCAGCUAUCAUCGUCAGUACUAUUGUCCUGCGAUUUUACUACUUCGGGCAUGUGCGCAUGCCUGAAAAGUUACGCAUUGUAAUUAAUGAGUGGAUUGCUUCGAUGCUGUUCUUCUUCAUCACGGAAAAGCCUAAAGACAAGGGGAUUUACCAGUGCAUGGCAGCGCAAGCCAGCUCCGAACGCAUUUGUAAAUGGAUGCCCCAACAUUCGCAUACUACGCAGUCGUAUGUGGUAACGAAAGACGAACAUCUUGAAGAUAGGGCCUCGCUGAUUGAAUGUAAUACACCUAAUGUUAGGAGGAACCACAAUCCACCAAUACAGGCUCUACCAGGCAUGAUAAAAUGCCGCAGCGAGCCMGCCAUCAAUUCCCUUGGAAUGCCAACAAACACGAAAAUACACCAACGAAGAAAGACGUCUUGCUUUCCAAGGAAAAGUAACAUAAACGACGUGAUCCAAAGAAAGAUCGCUGAAGGCCUUGAGGUUCUCACAAAACGAGUCAAAGAUGAAGGAGAGAAGGAUGAAUGCAUCCAGGAAUGGCAGUUUGCAGCGACUGUCUUGGACAGGCUGUGCUUUGCUAUUUUCCUUGUUACUAUGUGCAUCCCUGUCUUGUUCUUCUUCUUCUAUUCUCCUGAAAGUCAACCAGAAUUCGAAUCAUGACCAUACAAGAACGUUAAUCAACGUCUUUUCGGAUUCCUUCAAGUUUUCUGUGGAACGAAGCCUUACUUCUUGCCCGAAUUUAAAGAUGGCUCURGCCGCCAUGUUGAAAAGGACUGAAUCUUGCUAAAGAAACUUCAAUGAAAACAGGAUCCAAAAUUCUCUCCGUUAGAAAUAUCGUUUUGGGAUUUUUAUGGAACUUUAUUUCUUUUGCCGUAAACUCAUUAUAAGAAACUUUAGCAGAUUUCCUUCGAAUGCUGAAGSUAGUGUACCUGGUUACAUGAUCGUGCUUUAAAUUACCUUGCACGAAGCGGUUUAAAACKUUUUGAAAUUCGAAAAAGCCAACAGGGGCGGAUUUAGGUGCGGCCCCUCGUAGUUUAGAAUGCAUCUUUUUAUUUUUAACUUUUUCUGUCUAAAAUAUCUCCAGAACGCAAAAAAUGGAAUUCUUGAGAGCACGAAUCCAGACCUUCAAUGUUUCCGUUUUGCAAAGACAUUCGUCUAACGUCGAAUUUUAAUGGCCACMUUUUUCAGUUUCCCCGUUGCGCGCAGUAACGGCUUAGAAGCCAAUCCUUGAUAUUAUGUGAACUUGACAAGACAAAUGCUUUAUCUGUAGGUUUUUCUGCAGAUAAUACCAGUUCAUUCAAGGUUAUAAUGGAGAUUGAAAUACGUUAAAAUAGGAUWUUCAACUUUUAAAAUAAUAUUCCAUUAUAAAUUUCCAUACAUUGUUAGAAUAGCCUGCUUACAUGCAGAUUCUAUUCGAACGCGAGAAUAGUMUUGAAGCCGCUUCUUUAACCAGUGCUUCAGGUUUACUCUUUCAAAAGUGUAUGAAAUACAAAUUUUGAUACUUUGAAAUAAUGUUUAAUUGACUUUAUUACAAGUUAUUAUGGUUUAAAAUAUGUAUA